AUGAAUUUCGACACUGGUACGGCGUACGCCGAGUCGGAUGCCGACGACGAGUACGAGAGAAGCCUGCACGCCAGCUCCCCCAUCCUGGCAGAGGACUCCGAAAUAUCACCCACCGAUUCGGAGGGCCGCUCGUCGACGGAACACACACCCACAACCUACGGCCACCGCAGCAGUGCUGACCGCCUGCCCGAGACCAUCAUCUCGGAGUGGACUGCCGACGAAUGCGCCGACUUCAUCGCCACCAUAGGCCUCGAGCAGUACUCGGAUCAAUUCAUAGAGAACGAGAUUGUCGGCGAAGCUCUUGUGGCUCUUUUGCAUGAUGACUUGAAAGCUAUGGGCGUGACAAGUGUCGGCCACCGACUGACCAUCCUGAAGAGCGUCUACGAUGUCAAGAAGGCCCAGGACAUUCCCAUGGAAAGCGACCACUAUGUGCCCUUGUCCGCCGAAGCCGAAUCUCAGUACACUACCGCCACCCUCAAAGAUAUCAAGAAUAUCGUUGAGCAACUGCGACUACGGGACGAACGGAUGAGUCUCAUGGAGCAGGAUUUGCGACGCCUUACUGAGGACUAUCGGCGGUUACGCGAGGACAUGCUGCCAGCCUUGCGCCUGGCUAAGAACGCGCAACAGCCUCUGCCCAACGUAUCCAGCCGGGACAAUCAAGGCUACAGCUAUGAGUCCUCCACAAUAUCUCCACCCGCGCCCACGUCGUCGUCAGUUCAAUCAUCACAAGGAGGCCUGAAACGGCAAUACUCUACCAAGAAGAUUGUACUGGGUACGCCCAAGACCAUGUCUCCUAAUCAUCUACAGACUACUCACGAGCGUCCGUUGGUAGAACAAACCCUUGACCCCGCAAACGCUGCCGAGAGGGCCGUUCUUUCGUCAUCACAUCUGGCAGCCAUGAAUGGCUCCGGCCAAGCCACGUCCCCGGGUUACUCGCCCAACAUGCCCUCGCCCACGUCGCCCCCAACGCUGGGGAGUGCCACACUCGCGUCCCGAUCCUACCGCUCCGACCAACCAACCCCAUCUACCCGCUCAACCUUUGCCGAAAACGAUCAUUACAAUUCAAAGCAGCCUGUUGCUCCCCGCCGCAUGCAAACCCCGGCACCCGACACCCCUGGCUCAAGUUCUGCGUCGGUCGAGAUAUUCAAAUCCUUCCGCGUCAGCAUGGACGACCCAUGCUACAAGGUCCUUCCCGCCGCGCUUAGAAAGUACCAGAUCAACGCACCGUGGGAUCAAUAUGCACUUUACAUUGUAUACGGCGAUCAGGAGCGAUGUUUGGGGUUGGAAGAAAAGCCGCUCAUACUCUUUAAACAGUUGGAUAAGGAGGGCAAGAAGCCCAUGUUCAUGUUGCGGAAGACAAACACCGCACAAGUCGACGCCGAGACCCCAGGAAGCGCAGGCUUAAGCUCGGCGACAUCUCGAGGCGUCCCGUACGACCCCCCGGGUGGUAUCAUAUGA